AUGGCCGAUAAAACGAACGUCCUGCAUGUGGAUGAGUCGAAUGCAGCCCCCAUUUCAAUGGAAGCAGCCACCGGCCAGUACCAAAAACCCUCAGUUAUUGACACCGUUCAUGGAGAUGAAGCAUUGAAAGUCAUCGCUGCUGUCGGCGGAGAUGACUAUUGGACUGCCCAAGAAGAGAAAAAGCUCGUCCGGAAGAUCGAUCGGCGGUUGUUACCAGUCCUUUGCCUAGUAUACGGAAUUCAAUUCUAUGACAAAGCAAUGCUGGCACAAGCAGCCUUGUUCGGACUCGAAAAGGACCUCGACCUUAACGUGGGCAACCGCUUUGUUUUCUCCUCUUCCAUCUUCUAUCUCGGCUUCAUCGUGGGCGCAUAUCCUGCCAUUAUGAUGGCCCAACGCUGGCCCAUUGAGCGAGUCGCUGCAGGCAUCACAUUUAUCUGGGGGGUCACCGUCAUGUGCAGUGCAGCUUGCAAAACAUAUGGUAGCUUCUAUACACAGAGAUUUUUCCUGGGAGUGAUCGAGGCCGGCAUCUCGCCAAUUUUCAUGCUCGUCGUUGGAGGCUGGUACAAGAAGGACGAACAAGCUUUGAGAAUGGGAGCAUGGUACAGUUGUACUGGUUAUAUUUCCAUCGUUUCGCCACUUAUCAACUACGGCCUCGGACAUAUUACUGGAGGCUCUUUGCACUCCUGGCAGUAUAUGUAUCUAUUCGCCGGUGGAGUCACGACACUCCUCUCGAUCUUUGUGGAAUACUUUCUGCCACCGGAUCCCAUUCGCGCCAAACAUUUUACAGAUCGCGAGCGGUACAUUGCUGUUGCGCGACUGAGAGUCAACAAUGCCGGUGUUCGAAACAUACACUUCAAGCCGUCUCAGGUCUUCGACGCUUUGACAGAUGUCAGAUUUCUCUUGCUCUUCUUCACCACCUUCCUGAUGUUCUUUGCAAAUGGAGCGAAUUCGACGAUGGCACCCAUUAUCGUCCAUAGCUUUGGCUACUCCACACUCAAUUCCCUCCUGCUGGUUGUUCCUGCUGGAUUCGUAUCCGGGACAAUCGAACUGCUUGUCUGUUAUCUGGCCUACCGCUUCAAAGGAAUUCGGAUCUACCUGUUCGUCAUCUGUGUUUGCACAACCAUGUUGAGCUGCUUGCUUCUGUGGCAGUUACCCCGCUCCGCUAAAGGGGGUCUCCUGUUCGCCAUCGAAAUACUCCCUGCAUUCGGUGGCGGUUACGCUAUCCUCAUGGGCUUGCAGAUCGCCAACACGGCCGGCUACACAAAGCGCAGUGUUACAGCUUCUGGAUUGUUCAUUGCCUGGUGUCUCGGCAACUUUACCGGGCCACUGCUCUUCAAGACGAAAGAUGCCCCUGUCUACGCUCCGGCGUUUGCGGUCACCGUCGCUGGUCUGGCCGCAGCUGUGGUUUUAGCCAUCAUCUACCGAUUUGUCUGCAAAUUUGAAAACUCAAAGCGCGACGAGAGUGGAAUGACAGAAGCUUAUGAACAUGCCUAUAACGACGAUUUGACUGAUAGGAAGAACAAGCAGUUCAGAUACGUGUAUUAG